AUGUCCGAUACGGCACAGAUCUGUCUCGACGUCGUCGUUGCCUUCUCCGAUGAUCAAGGCGUCGAGCAGCACCCGCCACAUAGUAUGGCAGCGAUGCAGGGCGGCUCCGACGUUGAUGAAUGCCAACGUAUGCUCGAGGCCGCCGAGAAGAUGAAAGCGUCCCUCAUCCUCGUCAAUCAAACACUGGAAACAUGGCUUGCAGUAAACGCCCGCCUCGCCGCCUUAUGCGAAGAGCAGCCUGAGGGGGCUCUCGCGCCGGCUGGCAUGAUGUUGCAACUGGCCGUCUCGCCGCCGCAGUCUCCAUUCUCGCCCAUGACGCAUGAUCAUGAAGUCGAUAUGCCAUCUACAUGGCUGUCUGAGUCGCCCUCGCGCUCAGACGACGCAGUGGACGGCCCUGAGGAAAAUGAUUUCCCCAUGGACGUCUCAGGUUCGUGGCGUCACUCCCCAGAGCCGGACGAGGAGUCCUACGACUCGGGCUAUUAUUCAGCAAACAGGCCCAAUCUCAUUUUGUUCGGCGACGAAGGCUUCGACAAAUGGUACUGA